AUCGACACGUGCCCGACUGCCAUCCCUAAUUCAAUAACCAGCUCAACAAUACAAAAACAAUCAAAAAGCGUUAAUAAAUGCAUUAAAACGCAAAAUGUCGGGUCCCAGCGGCAGGAAUAAAGUCACCAGCAAGUUUGCUGGUGCAAAGUUUCUGAACGAGGACCAGCAAAAUCACCUGGCGCUCGGCAUUCGUCAGCAGAAUGGACCCAUCGCAGCAAAGCAGCCGGCUCAGGAGCGCCUUAAGCGCCUCCAAGCCAACAUGAAGCGUGUGCAGGACAAGGCAAAAGUCAAGACCAAGACCACCACACCAAAACGUGUUACACGCAGCUCUUCCACGUCGGAGAAAAUUUCGACGCCCCCUGGUGCGGCCUCAACGCCACGGCGAGCAAGUUUAACCGGGACAUCGACUGGAGCACGCCGCUCCCUGACCGAGCGCUUGACCAAGCACCAGCAACCGAGUCCCAGAACGCCAAGGGUGUCGUCCGUGAGCAAUGCCUGGGAGAAGCCAAAGGCGCUGCUGGAGGCCAGCAACCGCAAUCCCACAGUGAGUGCCAACCAGCGCCUGUCGCUUUUGAAGGCCCGGUUGCAGCAGAAGCAGAAGGAGCAACUGAUGAAGGACCAAAAGGCCAAACAGGAGCCGAACAACAACAAUGUGCCUAUUGCAGUGCCUUCUAACUGUGCCUUCUCUGGAAGUGACCAGGAGCCCGAGCCCAUGGACUGGGAAGAAUCGAUGGAAGAUCAGUCGGGCACUAACGAGAUACUUCUGAUGCGUCAGGCCACCGAUGAUGAGGAGUUGCCGGCCCGCCGGCUGGAUCACAUGUACUUUGUGCUCGAUACCAAUGUGCUGAUGGACAAUCUGAAGUUUGUCGAGAGCCUGAUUCAGGUGGUGCUGCCGGGAACGGUGGGAAGCAUGCUCUACAUUCCGUACAUCGUCAUCAAGGAGCUGGACAAGCUGAAGGCCAAGAGCAGCGAGGAGAACUCCAAGCGCUUGCUAGCCGUCCGGGCCAUUCGUUACUUAAACACCCAGUUCGACGAGAGCCUGGACAUUCAGGCUCAAUCGGCUGUGGAUGCGGCGGAGCACCUGAUCGAGGUGGACUGCCCCGACGACAGUAUUGUUAACUGCUGCCUGCAGUUGAAGGAGGAAGUGCCGCACAUGAUGCUCCUGACCAACGACGCCAAUCUCCGGCUGAAGGGCAACGCCAACAACAUUGAGGUUUCCUGCCGCUCUGAUCUCAUGGCCAAGUACCGGACCGAGUUCGCCGCCUUGCGCGGCUAGCACACGCCGGGACCCCGCAUACAUGUAAUUAAUAGACUGCGUUUGUGAUAAAGGAUUCUCUGGUGGCGGCUCUGGACGGGCCACUCCGUACAGAAUCCGAAUAGUCGGGCCAUGGCACCGCAGUGCACACGAAGUACAACCAAUAAUUUAACAAUACAUCACCCCUAAGAUAGCAGCCACCCAAGAUGUUCAGUCAAGACUUUAAGUACUUUUAAGUGUAAAGUUUGAAAUAAACUUGUAUAUACUGCCCCGUUUGGUACAUGA